AUGGAAUCAUCACCACUGGCAGCGAUGCACCCCCAGCAGGUCCCAUCGUGGAGCAGUCGGAAGGACGUGUACCAUGGGUAUCAGACAUACAACCCGUCGAGCUUCGACUUCAAGACGAUGAGCAUGGCACAGCAGAAGCCCGCGAGACGAGACUACUUUUCGCUCCGGCCUGCUCGAGGCAGCUCGCCCACCGCGAGUCUCACGGCGGACCUUGAUGCCAACUUCCACAUUGAUAAAAGCCCGCAAGCUCCGACACCUCGUCGUUCAUUGUUCACUGCAGAUCUCUUUCGACCUCGAGAACCUGCUGUACGAGUGAGCACCCCACCGGUUGACAUUGAGCCUUCUGGCACUCCACCCAUUCUGUCGUCGCCUCCCUACUGCGACGCCAUGGACAUAUCGCCGCUGCCGCACAAGAUUCCCCACUUUGUUGCUCAGGUUACGCUUCCAUCGCCAUCUCCGGAAACCAGCCCGAGCGAUGGCGAUCUCAUGAGUCCCAAUGAUUCGACACCAGGUUUCAGCGAAGGACCGACGCCACCGGUACAGACUCCUGCCUAUUUGGAACUUCCUGAACGUGCACGCAGCAGACCUGUGACUCGACCGACCCUGACCCGAACAAAAGGGCCCUCCGCAUACAGCAUUCCUCACAGACCCAGCUCGUCGGAGACACAGCUACCACCCUUCCGGUUCGGCCACUUYGGCCAUGUCGCUACCAGCGGUCUCUCGUGCUCAUCGACGCCCAGCCUGUUGGAAAGCUUCGCAGAUUCGCCAGUGGACGAUCAGCGUCCCUCCGGCAUGGGGUCGAUGCUGCCACCGCCGCGUCGCACCUYGCUCAGCGUCUCGAACCGUAGCAUGGGCUCGCCUUCGUCGAACCAUGGUAGGAAACCCGCCCCCUCGCGCGCUGCGUUCAUGCGGCCACAGAGGAAAUUAAUCCGUCGGUCGCUCAGCAUGUUCCAGCACCCCGAUGACGUGAUGAAGGAGGAGCAAGAUGCAUUUGAGACACGACCGACUGCAAUCGACUCCGACAUGGAGAUGGAGUCUGACCACACCCUCAAGCUUCCCCACUUUAUCCCUGAAGGCGAGCCAGACAGCCUACCUCGAAUCACCCAGGAUACAAUGGCUGAUGUCUUGGACGCCAAGUUUGACAGCCACUACGACCGCGUUAUGAUAGUGGACUGUCGCUUCGAGUAUGAAUAUAGCGGCGGCCACAUCGACAACGCCGUCAAUUUCAACGACAAACAACAAUUGGCACAGGAGCUUUUCGGCUCUGAGGUGCCUGCCAAUACCUGCCUGAUUUUGCACUGUGAAUACAGCGUACACCGCGCCCCCUUGACUGCCAAGUUCAUUCGCGGUCAUGAUAGAUCAGUGAACGCUGCCAACUAUCCAAAGCUCACAUAUCCAGAGCUCUAUCUUCUGGAAGGUGGUUAUUCGAAGUUUUUCGCGGAGCAUCGUUCCAAGUGCUAUCCACAAAAUUAUGUGGAGAUGAAUGAUCAACGUCACCAUCAAGAAUGCGAGCGUGGCAUGGCCAAGGUCAAGGCUACCGGACGUCACAAGCUCUUCCGCAAUCAGACAUUUGCGUUCGGCCAGAGCAACGACGAGAUGGAAGACUCUCCUACUGGUCACACACGAGCGCCGUUGCAACAUCAAAACUCCUACCCAGCAUUCAGCGUCGGCGCGGACAUCGCUGAGGGUAUCGGCCAAAGCUUUCAAAGGCGUAUGGCCUCGUAUUAG